GGCCGGGCAGCCCCGCCUUAGAGGGGAGGCUGGAGCUUGUGCCGCACCCGCCACCUUCUGCCGGUUCUGGAUAGGCAUUUGGAAAAGAUUCCCGGCCGGUCCGGAGGUCCAGCUUCCGAAGCCUACGUGCACGUUGGGCAUGUUGCGAAGAAUGAUCGUGCUGAGUGCGGCUGUGAUCUGUCCUUAAAAGACCGGCAGCGGACAAGUCGGUUCCCAUCUAGGCUUGUUCUUACAGAGACACUGCAGUUUAAAGCUUCAAGAACGAGUCCUCUCACGGGUCCUACCUGCGAGCAAGGCCCAUCUGUUUCCUCAUCAGAAGCAGAUACACCCAACUGUGCCUCCUGGGCUGAGACCGGAGGAUCCCUCUGGAGUGCAGGCUUCAUCAUGCCACAGCAGCUCCCGAUCACCUUGCCCUUGGAGGCCAGCACCUCGGUAAAGCUGCACCAUCCACAGAAGACCAAGAAGGGGGUGUCCCCGUGGGAGGACUUCACUACAGUGCUCCAGGGAGAAGCUCUGCUCUCUCAGGAUGCUGAUGUUAACCAGAGAGAAAGCUUAGAAGAUGCUCUAACGGCAGAAUCCAAGGGUCUAUUCACCUUCAAGGACGUAUCUGUGGACUUCACCCAGGAGGAAUGGGGCCAGCUAGCCCCUACUCACCGGAAUCUGUACCGGGAGGUGAUGUUGGAGAACUAUGGGAACCUGGUCUCAGUGGCAGGGUGUCGGUUUUCCAAACCUAGUGUGAUUGCCCAGUUGGAGAAAGGAGAAGAACCAUGGCCAACAGAGAAAGAAGUUCCAGGAGAUGUUAAUUCAGAAUUGAAUUGUGAAACAGACAUCAAUGAUUCAACCACAAAGGCUCACAUUCCAGAGGAACCGCUCCAUCGUGGCAUUAUAAUGGAAAGGCUCAUGAGGGAUGAUAUCAUGUAUUCCACAUUGAGAAAAGCCUCCAAUUCUAAUGAUGAGAUUAAAAGACACCAAGAAACCUACGGGAGAGAACUCAGAAAAGAUAUUUUGAUUAACAAGAAUAGCAGCCAAAAAACUAACAAAUUUGUGGAAAAUAUAGUGAGUUCAAAUGUUGUUGUGGAUGAGAAACACUAUAAAUGUGACACACCUAAGAGGAGAAAAUAUAAUUUAGAUUUGAUUAAUCACCCAACAGACUAUAUGAAAACAAAAACCUUUCCAUGUAACAUAUGCGAAAAAAUCUUCAAGCAACCCAUUCACCUUACAGAACACAUGAGAAUUCAUACUGGUGAGAAACCUUUCAGAUGUAAGGAAUGUGGACGGGCUUUUAGCCAAAGUGCAUCCCUUAAUACACACCAGAGAAUCCAUACGGGUGAGAAACCCUAUGAGUGUGUGGAGUGUGGCAAAGCCUUCAGACAUCGCUCAUCUCUUAAUCAGCAUCAUAGAACUCAUACUGGGGAGAAGCCAUACGCAUGUGAUAAAUGUCAGAAAGCUUUCAGCCAGAACGUUAGCUUGAUCCAACAUUUGAGAACUCAUUCUGGAGAAAAACCCUUUACAUGCAAUGAAUGUGGGAAAACCUUUCGACAGAUUCGACACCUCAGUGAACAUCUAAGAAUUCAUACUGGAGAGAAGCCCUAUGCAUGUACUACAUGUUGUAAAACCUUUAGCCAUAGAGCAUAUCUCACACAUCACCAAAGAAUCCAUACUGGGGAGAAACCCUAUAAAUGUAAGGAAUGUGGGAAAUCCUUUAGGCAAAGGAUACACCUUAGCAACCAUAAAACUGUUCAUACAGGAGUGAAACCAUAUGAAUGCAAUCGAUGUGGGAAAGCCUAUAGGCAUGAUUCAUCCUUUAAGAAACAUCAGAGACAUCACACUGGAGAAAAACCCUAUGAAUGUAAAGAAUGUGGAAAAGCCUUCAGCUAUAAUUCAUCACUUAGUCGGCACCAUGAAAUCCACAGGAGGAACUCCCUUUCCAAAUAAUGUAUAAAAACAGAUUAUUCAAUAUAUGAACAAAAGCUAAAUCUAGGCUUUUAAAUUUUAAGACUCAGGAUUCAUACAGAAAUUUUAAGGUUUUAUAUAAUGUCCACUUUUAAUUUGACCACUGUGUAAAUAUAAACUACAAUAAUAGCUACUAUCUACUAACAGCAUACAACAUAAUUAAGAAUAAAGGAUGAUCUUUCACAUUAAAUAAGUUCAACAUUAUGAAAAAUCCAUUGUCCAUUAACAAAUAUUUCUUCAUGGGCAUUCACUGAUUGAUAAACCAACAUUUGCAAACCAAUAUUUAAAAUAUCACCAUACCUCUUUUUUUAUUUAAAAAGCUUUAAAAAAAAAAGAAGAAAAACUUUUUAAUGGAAAAAACCUGCACAUGAUAUGAAAGUCAAAAUGUACAGAAGGCUAUAUUCAGUGGAAAGCCUUCUUUCUCUAUCCCUAUUUGACCAAACUGCCCAAAGAAAACCACUUUUCCUUUUCUUUUUUAGUCAACCACUUUUUCCAUCUCUUUUUGUGUGUGGACCUUUAAAAAGAUUAUUUGUUUAUACCCUCAACCCUACAAAACUCAAUUCCAAAUCAUAGCAACUCUGUAAGACACUCUACAACUGCCUCUGUGUAAACCUUCAUGGGAGC